UAUGGAACCAGAAGGAUCGACUGAGAAAGACAGUUGCUGGAAAGGCACCUCAGAGAAGAAGCUUGAUGAAGCUCAGGAAGAGCUUCUGAAAAUCUCAGGCAUUGGUCAUGACCAAUUUAAGAUGUACAAAGUUGGAUUUGAAUUUGAUCAAAAUUAUGAAUUAAAAGAUGAUGUGCCUUAUGAGGAAAUGAAACAUAAUGAAUCUAUCGGGUCAUUCAAAGCAAUGGAAUUAGAGAAAAAUAUUGACCCAUAUUCUGGAAAGAAGUUGAAACCUAAAAAGCUAUACUCAACUCCAAAGUGCUGAUUUGUUCCAUGUUGUUGCUGCUGAAAGAAGAAAAUUGAGAGAAUUACCAAGGAGUACAUCAUGACAUAUGAGAUUGGAGAUAAGUCCAACCCGACAAUAGUCCUUAUUCAUGGAUAUGGAGGAUCAGGAAUGAUCUUCUUUAGAAUUUUUAAGCAUUUAGCCGAAAAAUAUCAUGUCUAUGCCAUCGAUCUACUUGGAAUGGGGAGAUCUUCUCGUCCAAAGUUCUUACCAAGGUCAAAAGACGAGGCAGAUAACUUCUUUGUCCAGUCGAUUGAAAAAUGGAGGGAAUCAAUGGAUAUCAAAAAUCUCACCAUAGUGGCUCAUUCCUUUGGAGCCUAUGUUGCAAGUAGAUAUGCUCUGAAACAUUAUGAUAAUGUGAGUAAGCUGAUUCUUUGGUCUCCUCAUGGCUGUGAACCUAAGCCUGAUGGGUAUGAAGAGUUCCUAAAAAGAAGAAUGAAAGAGAACUGUAAGUUCAGAUGGUUCUUGAGAGCAAUGUUAUGCAUCUUCAAAUACGAAUGCAGACCAGACAGAUGACUCAAGAUGUGUGGAAGAUGUUCCGGUUGCUUCAUCAAAAGAUAUGUGAAAAGAAGAAUGGUUGGACUUGAAGAAGAUGAGAUCCCGAUAGCUUAUAGGUACAUUUACCAGAUCACAAUGAGGAACGGGUCUGGAGAAAGAGCUAUUUUUAAAUUGAUGAAAAUGCCGAUCUUAGCAUACACACCUAUCUAUGAUGAGCUAGACAAGUUCAAGGAGCACGGAAUCGACCUAGCUUUUGUUUACGGUGAUAGAGAUUGGAUGAACACUGAUAUGAAUGAAAUCAACAUCAGUGCCCAGCUGCAACAGAAAGGAGAGAAGGUGUACAUUCUUGAUAAUGCAGACCAUCAUCUCUAUCUUGACAAUCCAAAGCAACUCUGAGAGACUCUGGAUACUUGCAUGUCUGAAUAACUAAGAACAA